AUGUCGUUGGUGGCAGUGGUACCUGGCAAUGACCGGUUUCCGCGCUGGCUCUUUGACGACUUCUUCGAGGAGCUGCGCGGAGAGUGCAAUCCUCCUGAGGGGGAGAGGCAGCUGCAGCACCUGGAGAUGCUCGUGCACUGGCUGGGCAGUCAGCCGUCACUGGCGGCAGCUCUGGAGAAGUGGCGCCGCGUCACGGCUGCCCGCAGCGGGCGGCACCAGGUGCGCGCCGUGCUGCUGACCCUGCUGGCGAUGACGCCGGCCGGCACGCCGCCCUCGGCGCUGGGUCUGAGCGGUGCUGCGGUGGCCGCGUGGCGCGCUCGGACGGCGCCGCUGCGCGCCCAGGCUCAGCGGCCGUCCCAGUUCAGUCUGUCCGCCAUGCACCUGUACUGCGAGCUACUGGGCGUCUAUGUGGCGGCGUGUGUGGUGAACGAGGUGCUGGAGCGGCCGCUGGAGCAGCUGGAUGUCGAGCACACCCUGCACGCCUCCCUGGCCAUGCGGCUCGGAUUCAGCAGCGCCCAUCAAGGUGAAAAAGGAAAUGGCGAGGUUCAGCCAGGCGCCGAGCUAGAAGAGCUGGUCAGAUCAGUGACAGACGCAAUCGAAGACGAAGCUACCACUGAUGGUGAUGAUACACGAGCCAUAGUGCCCGCCUGGAAGCCCACCAGGGGACGUGACGUCGUCAGUGAGCACCCAGACCUGCGAUCUGUCAGAGCCCUCACCGGCAUCUUGAACAAACUGACGGACGCCAGCCAGGCUCGGCUGACGGAGAAGCUGCGUGGCCUCUCCGCGCAAACCGAGGACGGUCUGUACGCCUUGGUGGACGCCGUGGUGCGGAGGGUGCUCGCAGAUCCCAACGAGAGCUCAAAAUGUGCCAACGUGUGCGUCAUCCUUCAGGAUUUGGAGGUGAAGUCGGCGGGGGCCCGCGGCGGGACGGUGCGUUUCGGUGACCUGCUGCUCACCCGUCUGGUGCUGGGGGUCAGUCCGGCCUGUCUGGGUCUGCCGCGCUGUGACGGAGGCAGCUGGCGCCGCGCGCCCCUCGGCCGCGCGGACCUGCUCGCCCACCUGGCCACGGUGCCGGAGCGGGAGGAGCGGCUGCGCCAGUUCCGCCGGCUGGCGGCCGUGUGGCGCGAGGCGGAGCGCCGCCAGCGCGCCACUCUGCGGCUGCUGGCGGCCUCCAGCCGGCGCCGCCUGGUGCCUGUGUGGGCUGCGCGCCGCUGCCUGGAGCGGCUGCUCGGCGGGGACGGCGUGACCCGGCCGCCGGCCGCCGGGCCCGCUGAGCUCGGUUCCCUCGACCUCCACGUAGAGUGGAUCUCGCCGAGCCCAGCCGAGCGGGACGACCUGCAGCUGCUGGUCGACUGGUGCGGCGGCGCGCAGAACGGGCCCGCCCCGGCCCAGCCGCCGCGGUAGCGCUGUCGGGAUAGGACAGUGAGCACCGUCCUGAGACGACAGAACGAGAAGGGGACCAAGUCAGCUCCGUUCUGAGAAUAGUUCGUUUGGUCUAGUCUGCUUCAGCUGUUGGCGGAAGUGAAGAAAUAACGUUUUUAUAUUGGUGACCGAUAGCUAGGUAAGUAGGUACAGCUGUUUUAUGUGCUCCGGGAAACUACCGGCUGUGUCGUGGUCUUGAGUAACCGUUACCGUGAUGGAAUAUUCGAGCACAGCCCACAGGUUGAUGUAUAAGGUCUCCAUCCCCCGUUUAUCAAUAUAAAAUCACAAUUGUAACGAAAAGUGUUUGUCUAUUUCAAACAACCUGCGGGUACCCAGGACCCACGCCUCAGCAUUGCUGGCAGCCGCGUGGUACUGGUAGACUGUGCCGCUUGACUUGA